AUGCUCCCACUCUCUACAGCUCAGAAGAGACCAAGGACCAAGUUCUACAAAGAUCUGAACUGUAUCAUCAGAAACAUACCAACCAACAAAAACACCUAUCUUCUAGGAGAUUUUAACGCUCACGUGGGGUCUGACCAUGACUUGUGGCCCAUUUGUGUCGGACAUUUUGGCAUUGACAAUAUGAAUGACAAUGGUCAGAGACUGCUUGAAUUUUGCACAUGCCAUAACCUGUGCAUCACCAACACAUUCUUUGCCAACAAGCCAUCUCAUAAGGCAUCUUGGAGACAUCCAAGAUCUCACCACUGGCGUCAGUUUGAUCUUGUCAUCACACGAAGAUCCUUUCUGAAUUCUGUCCAACUGACCCGUAGUUACCACAAUGCGGAUUGUGACACAGAUGAUUUACUAAUAAGCAGCAGGGUGAGGAUUCUGCCUAAAAAAGUCCAUCACUCAAAGAAAAUGGGCCGACCACGCAUCAACACUGCCAGAAUCUCGGACCCUACACCGCAGAAACGUUUUGCUGUUUCUAUCAAGGUUGCCCUCAGUAGCUUCCCAUCCUCCUCUGCUGAAAGUAGGUGGAAUUAUAUCCAGGAACAUUUGUAUACCACAUCAAUAGAUACUUUCCGCAUGAGUGAAAGGCAUAACCCGGAUUGCUUCAGUGCUGAGCUCUCAAAGUUGAAACCAGUUAUCGAAGCAAAGCGCGCAGCUCUGAUGCAAUACAAGAGUGAUUCUUCUACAAAGACACUCGAAGAACUCAGAAAGGCAAGAAAUAAAAUCCAAGUGACUACCAGACGCUGCGCAAAUAGGUAUUGGAAAGAAACCUGUCAGAGUACCCAGUUAGCUGCUGACAGUAGCGACACCCGUAGGAUGUAUGCUGGUCUGAAGAAGGCCCUCAAUCCAUUAGCAACCAAGUCAUUCCCUCUGAAAUCAACUACUGGAGAUCUCAUCAAAGACCAAAGCAAGCAAAUGGAUAGAUGGAUGGAGUACUACCAGGAUCUCUACUCACGGGAGACCACGGUCGCUGAGGUUGCAAUCGAAGGUGUCAAGAUCUUGCCAGCCAUGUGCAAACUUGACAGUCUGCCAUCCAUAGCAGAGCUCACCAAGGCUAUUGACUCCCAAGCCAGUUGUAAGGCUCCGGGAAAAGACGGCAUCCCCUCAGAGAUCAUCAAAGCCGGCAAAAAUACCGCCCUGCUUCAGCACUUUUAUGAGCUUCUGUGUCAGUGCUGGGAAGAGGGUACAGUCCCUCAGGAUAUGCGGGAUGCUAACAUCAUUGCACUUUAUAAAAACAAAGGUGACCGUGAUGAUUGCAACAAUUACCAGCACUGCUGGAAAGACCUUUGCCCGCGUAAUCCUGUCCAAGCUACAACUACUUGCUUCUCGAAUUUAUCCAGAAUCGCAGUGUAG